CACACGGCUUCAGUAAACUUCGGGCGCCCGACGAGGUAGGAUGUGCUAAGUAUGACGUCCGGACAACUACACAUUCAGCCACAGCAUACGAUGGAAGUCGGCAACAGCAACCAGGUACGAAGACUAAACCAGCCUACGACCAACGGCAAUCCCUCGACAUCGGUUGUCAUUAAAAAUGAGGAGUUGCUGUCGAAAGGGUCGAAAAAGAGGACGACCCUACUCGUCCUCAUAGUCGUCCUCGUAUUCUCCGUCAUCGCCGCAGUACUUUAUUUCCUCAAGCCUACGUCAACGCCUCUAAGGGCUCAGGAACCUCUUAAAAUGACAAAGAAGGGAAUAUCCUUUAAGUCCUUCGUCGAGGGGGAAUACGUUCCGGGCAAAUUCAACGGAACGUGGGUUUCAGAUUAUGAAGUGCUGUAUAAGUCGAUGAACGGAGAUAUCAUGAUCUACAAUGCGAUGUCGAACAAGUCGAGAGUGCUCCUCGGGAGAGAUGUUGGUGUUGUAUCAACUUCAUUUAGCUAUGAAUUAUCUGCUGAUCGUAAUUACCUUCUUCUCGGAUACAACUACCAAAAGAUGUAUCGCUACACCUAUCUGGCAUUUUACAACUUUGUCGAACUCGAUACAAUGAAAAAAUGGCCUUUGACUGACAUGACUGGAGAUGAGAUUCCAGUUCAGCUUGUGACUUGGGCUCCGAUUGGCAACGCUUUUGUCUACGUUUACAUGAAUGAUAUUUACUACAAGCCAUCUGCAAAACAGCAGCAAGAAUUCAGAAUAACCAGAACAGGACGCCCCGGAAGUAUUUACAAUGGUGUUCCAGAUUGGGUGUAUGAAGAGGAAAUAUUUAAUUCAAAUAAGGCCUUGUGGUUCUCUCCUGAUGGAAAUUACCUAGCCUAUGCUACAUUUAACGACAGCCGUACGCCCGUUAUGAAUAUCCCUUACUACGGCCUUCCUGGAGAUUUACGCUACCAGUACAUGCAAGCUAUCAAUAUUCGCUACCCAAAGACUGGAAGACCGAAUCCCACGACAGCCCUUAGUUUGACUGACCUAGCUCAUUUACAGGUUCAUAAAACGAUAAAAGAAUAUGACUUGCCCGCACGCGCAACUUUAAAAGAAGCAGUGCUUUAUAAAGUUAAUUGGGCAGGGCCUUCAAACCUUAUCUAUAUAUGGAUGAACCGGAUACAGAAUGAAGCUGAAAUUUUUCAGUAUUCUACAACCACUGCACAAUUAAGACAGCUGAUGGGGCUGCAAGAGAAGCACGGUUGGGUGAUCAUAGACGAGCCUAAAUUUUCUCCUAAUUUCACUCAAAUGGCAAUGAUAGUUUCCUUCGAUCAAGGCAACGAUUCGGGUAAAUACAGGCACCUUGCCCUUGUAGACCUCAAUGACCCGAAUCCGCUUCCAAUCGCUCUUACUUCUGGCAAAUUUGUCGUCACCGAGAUCGCUGCGUUCGAUAAGGCACACAUUUAUUUCAUGUCCAAUGCAAACGGCCAUCCUGGAGAGUUAAGAGUUUUCAGAGUACCAGCUACAACUGAAAAUGCCCCGCACAAACUUGAAUGCAUUUCCUGUGCCCACGAUCAAACCGACAUGGGACAAUGUCUGUACUCUGGAGCGACAUUUAGCAAAAGGGCUUCUUAUUACGUCCUCUCUUGUGCUGGACCUGUUGUGCCAGAGAUAAACAUAUAUAAAAAGACUGGAGAGCAUGUAAUGACAUGGAAUUCAAAUGAAAGGCUAAAGAAAAAGCUCAGCAAGGUCCUCACCCCUGAAAAGAAAUACAUGGAAUACGAAGUUGCGCCAGGGAUGAAAGCGCAGAUUCAGUUGUCCAUUCCUCCAUUCGCUGAUCUGUCUGGCGCCAUUAAAUACCCGUUACUUGUCCAUGUUUACGGUGGGCCGGAUUCAAAUGCCGUGUUUAAAAGGUUCAGUGUCGACUGGGACACAUACAUUACAGUCAAUAAGUCAAUAAUCUAUGCAAGAAUUGAUGGUCGAGGUUCAGGGUUAAAAGGAGACAAAGUCACAUUUGCCAACUACAGGCAGCUCGGUACAUAUGAAGUUCAGGACCAAAUCAACAUUACAAGAUACUUGACUGAGAAGCUUCCAUAUAUCGAUCCAGCAAGGACAGCAAUUUGGGGAUGGAGUUACGGUGGCUAUGUGGCUGCCAUGGCUCUAGUCCAAGAUAGUAGAGAUGUAUUCAAAUGUGGCAUAUCAGUUGCACCAGUUACCGAUUGGUUCCUUUACGAUACUAUGUACACUGAAAGAUUCAUGGGUCUGCCCUCUGCUGAUGACAAUCUUAGAGGUUAUGAGAAGGCGUCUCUCUUCAACAAAGUGGACAACUUCAGAAAGAAGAAAUUCAUGCUCAUACAUGGAACUUUGGAUGAUAACGUCCACUACCAGCACUCAAUGAUGCUUGCCAAAACGUUGGAAUUGAAGGACAUAUUAUUUGAACAACAGAGUUAUCCCGAUGAAACUCACAGCCUUAGCGAUGUCAGGCCCCAUCUUUACCACUCGAUGGAACAUUUCUUGAACCAGUGCUUCAAACUGAAUAACAACUUUCUAUAGAAACCAACGAUGUAUGAAAAAUUACAAAGACAAAAUAAUUACAAGAAAAGAAAAUGUUUACGUGUAUAUUUAGCUUUUGAUGUGAUCUGAGAAAAUGGGAGACUUAUCGUUUGUAUUAUAAACAAUUUAAAUGAUCUAGUUCAUUCAAGCACACCACUUCUGUAUAAAUCGUGUGGAGUCGAGUUUUCUUUCAAAAUAUCAAGCAUUGUAAAUAGUUACUUUCAAUUAUUUUUGUGUGAUAAAACGUUGUACAUUAUUUUAUAAAUUUUGUAUAAAAAUUGUUAAAUUUUUAAGUAUUGUUUGUUUUUAAUUGUAAUUAAAUAUUUUGUAAAUAACAGAAAAUCUCCACAAUUUUAUUUGCGCCACCUUUUAAAACAAGGGGUGCCCCAGACUGGUAAAUUUGGCAGAAAUAAAGAAUACAUUAUUGUUUUU